AUGCAAAACUGGCCGUCCAACCUCCUUGCCGAGCAGCGGCUUCGUCACGUCCUUCUCGACGAACGACAGCUUCGUCAGGUGCAGUUCGUGUCGAGCAACAUAUUGAUCGAGGCGUAUGCUGAAGGAACCCUCUGCACGAUGAACGACAAUGUUCUCAGACGUCGUGCUGAGGUCCACCUUGGGUGGUCGCCCAACACCCUUGACUCUGCGCAAGCACGCUUCGUUGUCUCACAGGUUCGACACGUCAUAUUGUUGCGCCUCAACGAAGCUGCCGCGUCGACCGUUGUCCGGUACACCGUUCUGGGCGUUGCCCUUGAGUCCAUCCGCCACUACUUGCAUUCCUGA